CCAGUUUGUGUGACUGAGGCCGCGGGAACGCGAGCCGGUAAUUUUUUGACGGAGAAAGGCGAGGUUUUAGAGCUUGACCGAGUGAGAGUGAGCGAUUGUCGGGCUCCGGCUGUACUCUUUUUUUCGUGACACCCGGCAUGGAGGAUGAGCAAAACAUACAGCCUGGCGGCGAGGCCGUGAUUCCCGCGCGGCAGGAAUCGCCGCGGUCCGAGGCUGGGGAGGAGCCGCAGCAUCCGCAUCCCGAGAAAAAGCAGCGAUGUAGAUUUGAUGGUCAAGAAACAAAAGGAUCUAAAUUCAUUACCUCCAAUUCAAGUGAUUUCAGUGACCCAGUUUACAAAGAGAUUGCUAUUACAAAUGGUUGUAUUAAUAGAAUGAGUAAGGAAGAACUCAGAGCUAAACUUUCAGAAUUCAAACUUGAAACCAGAGGUGUAAAGGAUGUACUAAAGAAGAGGCUGAAAAACUAUUAUAAGAAGCAGAAGCUGAUGUUGAAAGAGGACAACUGUGCCGACAGUUACUAUGACUACAUUUGUAUUAUUGACUUUGAAGCCACUUGUGAAGAGGGUAACCCACCUGAGUUCUUACAUGAAAUAAUUGAAUUUCCUGUCGUUUUACUGAAUACUCAUACCUUAGAAAUAGAGGAUACGUUUCAGCAGUAUGUGAGACCAGAGAUUAACACACAGCUUUCUGAUUUCUGCAUCAAUCUAACUGGAAUUACUCAGGAUCAGGUAGACAGAGCUGAUACCUUCCCUCAGGUACUGAAAAAAGUAAUUGACUGGAUGAAAUUAAAGGAAUUAGGAACAAAGUAUAAGUAUUGCAUAUUAACAGAUGGUUCUUGGGAUAUGAGUAAGUUCCUGAACAUUCAAUGCCAGCUCAGCAGGCUCAAAUAUCCUCCUUUCGCUAAAAAGUGGAUCAAUAUUCGAAAGUCAUAUGGAAACUUUUACAAGGUUCCUCGAAGCCAAACCAAACUGACAAUAAUGCUUGAAAAACUAGGGAUGGAUUAUGAUGGGCGGCCUCACAGUGGUCUUGAUGACUCUAAGAACAUUGCCCGCAUAGCCGUCCGAAUGCUUCAGGAUGGAUGUGAACUCCGAAUUAAUGAGAAAAUGCAUGCAGGACAGCUGAUGAGUGUGUCCUCGUCAUUACCAAUAGAGGGCACUCCACCUCCACAAAUGCCACAUUCUAGAAAAUAACAGUAUUUUUGCCUUUUUGCCCCUGGAUCAUUGACUGGAGUUGCUACGGAGAAGCAGCAUAUGAAUACUUACUGCAGUGCAAAAUUUAAGCACCUUAAACAUAAAAUCUUAUUACAGCUCUAGAUACAUAUAUAUGAACAGAUUCUGUGGAGAAGACAUAUUGAAUUGUCACCAGCACUUUUAUAUGAGCAGUAUUUGUUACACCGUAAUAGUUCCUGCUUAGAACCAGGUUUUAUAAUUUAAGAUGUCCAAGAUGUGUUCCUUUUGGUUUUAAAUGCAAAGGUUUAUUGGCUCUUCUUUGAAUGUCAUUUCUUAUUGAUGUUAGAAUAUGUAUAAUGUAUUUCUAUAUUAACAUCAUUAGAUCAAAUUAUUUCUUAAAAUGUAGAAAAGAUUGGAAGGCGGACCUUAUCUAGCCUUUGGGUUUUAAGAAUAUUAUAGUCCUAUUGAUUUUUGAAGUUUAUAUGUGAAGUCCAGCUAUAUGUUAAAUUUCAUAAAGUACUUGGUACACAUAUCUGUGUUUCUUUUCAAUUCAUAAUUGGAAGACUUGUGAAGAUUAUAGGGUCUCAUUAAAAAUUCAGUACCAACGCUUUUAAUGGAAAAUCAGAAGACAGUACCAUUUAAAGGAAUCUAAGGGCUGUACCUCAGAUUUUAUAAUACACAGGUAAACUCAGUGGGGUUUGGGGGCUUGGCUUUUUGAUUCCCUUCCUCCUUGUGGCAUAUACCUGCCCUAAUUCUUAAAUCUAAGAGACCAUGCUUUGAAGUAAAUUUAAAGAUCACUACUGAAUUUUGCAUUUGUAUUCAAC